UCCUUCAGAGCUCCCUAGACGACACGGACGGCCGGAAGUGGUGGUCGCAAAAUAAACAGACAUCACAUCAACAGUAAACUCUUUACUCUUUACGAGCUGUCUAAUGAAAAAAAUAUCUAAGCUCUCACACACGAUUUCUUUAACGCGACGUAUGUAAUCUUUUUAUUACAGUAUUGUAUCUGCUUCACGCUACUAUAGCUACUCUUUCCAUCGAUUUUGAAGCUGACGAUGACCUGGAAAAUAAUCGGGUCCAUAGUCAUAGCGGUUAAUUGUUUAAAUCUGUAAAUAUGCAGCCUAAGGACACACAAUUAUUAUCACUUCCAUGCAUUAUGAGACAAUGGGCGCCUGGGCACAGACAUGCAAAAGGCCCCAGCACCUGUUCCACAUAGAAUUGUUUUGCAUCUCUGUAGUUCUCUGCAUGUUUAACGCUGCCUCCAUUUACUUCAACUCAUCAAGACUUUUCUCUGUUUUUUGAUCCUUCGUUUACCGUGGAGGCAUGCAAGAAGUUUUAUACAAGAAUUCAAGGUAACACGGGGUGAGUAAUUGAUACACAAAUGGAACAUUUGUAGGUCUAAAAGUGCGGUAUGGGAGUACUACACUCAACAAGUGCAAACCUAACAGAGGUAGUACAAGCUGACAGCAACAGUAUGGAAGAGGAAAUCAGAACGGAUGAGACAGAACAAGGAGAUGUGUCGACCAAUGAGGGAGAUUCCAGUGUUGGCAUGUCCGACAACAGUCCAACUAAAAGAGGAAGGGGGAGGCCACAAGGGUCAAAGAAGUUAAAGAUUUGUGUUCGAGACGACGUAAACCUGAUGAAGCUGGUUUCAGGCAUUUCCAGCGAUGGGUCCACACAGCCCCCGAGGGGAAGAGGGCGUCCAAAACUCACAAAACACACAGAGCAGCAAGUAUCAGGACACGACCAUGCUGAUUCUUCUGUGCAAACUCCAGGGUCCAAGAAACAGGCCAGUAAUGAAGACAGCCUUACGACAGACCAUUCUCCAAAGAAGAGAGGCAGGCCAAGAAAGUCUCUCAGCAUUAGCACCCCUGAUACACCACAAGCGAGAAGGGGUCGUCCAAAGGGAUCCACGAAGCGCAAGUCAGAAAGUUUAGCAAGUGAAGAGAAUGAGAAACCCUGGCUGGAGUUGAGCAGUGAGGAUGAGGACGAUGCUGAUGGAAGCCCAAACUCACUGAUAAGGAAGAGAGGUCGACCCAGGAAGGUGGUAACACCGGGGGAGACGACACAGGAUUCAUCAAAGGCCGUCUCAGAGAAGCCUCAUCGAAAGAGAGGAAGGCCAAGAAAAAGCAUUGUACAGGUGAGCGGAGAUGAACAAGAACUGGUCACAGAUGGCUCCCAGCCAGCUAAGAGGGCAAGAGGUCGACCUAAAAGCACUUUUAACAAAAAGGUGCCCGGUAAGGUGGGCCGGCCUAAUAUAACCCUACUCGCAAGAGGGAAGCGUGGACGACCAAGAAAACAACCUGCCAAAAGGGGAAGGCCACGAAAGUACCCUCUGCCGCCACACGUUGAUCCUCCAGAGGGGCCUCCACCAGCCGCUCACAGAAGCCGCGGUCGGCCUCGCAAGACUUCACCUGCCUCUUCAUCCUCACCACACAACCCCGAAGUUGGAUCCCCACGGAAAAGGGGCCGCCCUAAAGGUUCAGGCAACAAAAAUAAAUCCAUAAGUGAUCACACUCCCCAACCCUUCAAAAGCAAAGAGUGACUCAUCUCAUGUUGGGGGGGGGGAAACAUGAAGAAGAGUCUGUAAAAGAGGAGGUGGGGCACAGUGCCAAGACGUCCAUCGAGCACAGGGACGAUACUGAAGACUCGCUCAUCGAUCAGGAUGCAAGCUUUGAAGUAGAGCCGCAAAGCUAAAUCGAUUAGUUGUCAACUAUCAAAUUAAUCGGCAACUAUUUUGUUAAUCGAUUUGAGUAAUCUUUUAAGAAAAACAUUCUCUGAUUCCAGCUUCUUAAAUGUGAAUAUUUUCUUCUCUAUGACCGUAAACAGAAUAUAUUUGGGUUGUGGACAAAAAAAAAGACUUUUGAGGACGUCAUGGUGGACUUUGGGAAACACUGUUGGGAAAACCUAGUAGCCAGGUUUGAUGAAGCAUCCCGGUCCGACCAAACAGUUGCUGUUUAAAACAGAACACAAUCUUAUCAAUGAAAAUACGUUUUCAACAUUUUGUCAGGUGGGUUAUAUAUCCAGCAGCUCUUCUGACUAACGUGUCCAUGCUGUUUUAUUGUGCUUUAUUUCUGUCAUCUGAGUAAGUAGUAGUACUAAUAGUCUUUUACUAGAACUGGCAUGUAGAGUUUAUUAUUAUUAUUAUAGACCCUAUUGUUCAAGUUGUUGUUCAGCUUUCAGAUUCAAUAAAAAUGAAGAGUGAAACUAGAGAGAGCCGAAAUCCUGACAUCACACCUCUGUUUCGCUAGCUGCUGUAACUCAAUACAAUCUCUCAUUAUGCUAUUCUUUCAUCGCGCUUUCUGAAAGAAUAAAAUGUGAUCUUUGGGUUUACCUUCAAUAUUUUAUGACAAAUUGUCGUAUGAAUAUAGAGCGAUAUUCCAUUCUUUGAAAAUGUAAACAAAGUGUUUGCAAACUGAUUUCCAACCUUGACCUAUAUUUGGCAUAUAACGAGAUAUCUUGACAAAGACAAAUGUUUUUGUUUUUGUUUUAUCAAUCUUUUUAUGGCUACAAUGUAUAAAAGGACAAUGUGAAAGGUUAGGGGUCGCUGCAGCUUUUUACUGAGUUUCAGGUAAAUGUAUAAUUGUCAAGCCACAACUGUUUUGAUGACUCACCGCUGACAUGGUAUCAUUUUGUUCUCAGCGGGAAAAUAUGUCUAAAACCGUAAAAAGCAGACAAAGUUAGUGACUAGUUGGUGUAAUAGUUAAACAUUAGCAGCUAAGACCCAGAUAUUUUACUAAAGGAGCUAAACAAAAGUGGCUAUUGAAGGAUAAUGUUUCUUCUGGAUGUGUAAAUAAGCAACUUUUUGUUAACGUGAUUGUCAUGUUUAUGUUGAUGUAUGUAGACAUGUAUAGAUUUUAUGACUUGGGACUUUAAUGACAUUACAUUUUCGUGAUUAGAUUGAGUUGACAGACACUCAAUACUCACUUGUUUUUUUUGACACCGUGUGUAAAAAUGUUGUGACCUGACACAGCAUCAUUUAUAUUAACAUCUUAAGAGUUGUGCCAAACAAUUGAAGUUUCUCAAUGCCAAUUUGUGCUUUGGUAUAAGCCUUUGUGAAGUCAAAUAAGUUAGUAAUAAUUGAGUGGACAUAUUUGUAUUUUGUGUGUUUUGAACAAGAAGUCAAUCAUUUGUAAGAUUAUGAUCUUUAAACAAAAUAUUGGUCUUGUCUCAAUGUCCAUUUAUAUUCCUCUAUUACCUCCAGACAGUUUACAUAACUUAAUGUCAGCAAAUACAAUAUUACAAUAUUUAUCUGUUUAACAUGGUGUUUGUGGGUAGCAGCUCCACAAAACAAAGCGUUUCAUUUAAUAUUUAGCACAUUUUAUAUAUGAUUUUAGUAAAGUAUAUGCCUGCCUUU